CAACAUUGGGUUUGGGUUACACCUUGAGCGCUUCACAAGAUGCUAAGGGAAAAUAUAUUAUUUUGGCAUCCGUGGGAAGAACGACACGUCCUUGGAAACGCAGUAUAACAUAACGGAUUCAUAAUGGAUGAAGAAGAUAAGAUGCGAACCAGAUGCUAUCUUUUGGACUUGCCCUGGGAGGAUGUACUUGUUCCACAUAUUUUGUGCUAUUUGCCGCUGCAACACCUUGUCAGCCUGCAGAGGGUGAGCAAGCAGUUCCACAACCUCAUUAAGGUGUACCUAUCCAAUUGCAGGACUUUUAAUCUGGCCCCGACUUCACCAUGCAUUCCCAAGGAAGCAUUUUGCUCCAUGUUAAAAGACAAUAAAGUUCUCCAGAACCUGUCACUGCAGAACUGUUCAGACUGGGUGUCAGACAAGGAGUUGCUGCCAGUUAUUGGACAGAACCAGCAUCUGCAAAGGGUGGACAUGAGCGGGUGUGCAUGUCUCACCCGCCACUCCCUGGUGGCUGUAUCCUUGAGUUGCAUGCACCUGCAACACCUUGGCCUGGCGCACUGCGAAUGGGUGGACAGCCUGUCCCUUCGCAGCCUGGCUGACCACUGCGGGGGGCUGCAGUCGAUCGACCUUACCGCCUGCCGCCAGCUGAAGGAUGACGCCAUCUGCUACCUGGCCAAAAAGUGUUCAAAUUUGAGGUCUCUUUCGCUGGCAGUCAAUGCCAACAUCACUGACGAGUCCGUGGAGGAGGUGGCCAAGAACUGCAGGGGUCUGGAGCAGCUGGACCUGACAGGUUGCCUGCGGGUCAGGAACCAGUCCAUCAGGACUCUUGCAGAGUAUUGCCCAAAGCUGCAGUCGCUGAAGGUGAAUCACUGCCACAAUGUGACAGAGUCCAGCCUCGAUCCUUUACGGAAGCGCAAUGUAGUGAUUGAUGUUGAGCCGCCCUUACAGAGGGCACUGGUACUUCUGCAGGAUGUGUUAGGGUUUGCUCCUUUUAUCAAUCUCCAGAUAUAACAAGCUCACACAGGUGUCUUCAUAACUGACUUUCACCUGCGUUGCGUGGGCAUGUGUUGUUCUGAGAAAGUUAAUGAAAACCUGAAUGUGUUGCACUAGAGUUUUUGUGGAAUGUGUUCCAUGAUAUGUGUGUAAGAAGGACUUGAAAAUGUCAUGAGUGACAAAAGCCAUGUAAGAACUGCUGCCUCGUGU